UGGGAUCAUAGUGAACCCAGACAAAAAGAGGGAGGGAUGCAAUAUUUAGACAGGCAUUUCACUGAUGAUUUCCAGACUGCAAGAAAAUAUCUGAUUCUUCUAAGAGUUUAUAUCUGAGAAACACUAAAGUUACCCAGCCUGUAUUUCCACACCACUGUCUACUGAGGAAUCAUGGAACUGCUGAAAGUGUCUGUCAUCUUUCUUCUUUCACUCGUCACGAUGACCUUAGCAGAGCCGCCUGGAUGCAAGAUCCGCAUCACUGACAGAGGACUGGAGAUGUUGAAGGCAGAGACAAAGAAUUUUGUGGAAGGAGAGUUGAGUAACAUCAGCAUGCCAGAGAUGCGUGGUGCCGAGGGCCGCUUCACAUACACCAUCAAAGAUGUGAAGAUCACGGAGCUGAACCUGACCUCUGACCUGCGCUUCCAGCCUGAUGUGGGGCUGCUGUUUGAGGUGCAGAACUCCUCCAUCACCCUGAACUUCCAGAGACGCAUCCUUUACUGGCUCUUUUAUGAUGAGGGAGCCAUCAAUGCCUCAGCCGAAGGAGUCAACAUCUUCACAGUCCUCCAUCUCAGCAAAGACAAGGCGGGCCGUCUCAAGAUCUCCAACAUCACCUGUGAUGCAUCCAUUGCCAAGAUGAGGGCCAGAUUUAGCGGGACCCUUGGGAGGGUUUAUGACUUUAUCGGAACGUUCCUGACAACAGGAAUGCGCUUUGUCUUAAAUAAACAGAUUUGUCCUGCCUUGAAUCAUGCUGCACUAGUUUUGGUUAACCAGCUGCUGGAAACCAUCCCAGUGCGCACGGAGGUGGACAGUUACGUGGGCAUCGAUUACUCACUGCUGAGUGACCCUGUGGUGACAGAAACAAGCCUUGAUAUGGAUUUUAGGGGCAUGUUUUACGACCUUAAGAAUGAGAACGAGACCCUAGUGAACUACGCUGUGAAUCCCGUAGUGAGAGAGUAUGAUCGUAUGGUCUAUCUCUCUCUCUCCGAGUACUUCUUCGACAGUGGUCUCUUCUCUUACUUCAAAGGUGGCCUGUUCCAAACACAGAUCGCAAACGAACGAAUGCCAAAGGACUUAGAAAUGCUCCUCAGGACCACCUACUUGGGGACUAUCAUGAUGCUGAACCCGGCGCUAAUGGAUCAGCCUCUGUCACUGGAGAUAGAGGUCACCGCUCCUCCUCGCUCCACUAUCAAGACCUCUGGUGCCAGCGUGGCCGUCAACGCUAUGGUCAAAGUGUUGGUUCUCCCGGCAGGAAAACCACCAGUACAGCUCAGCAUCAUGACCAUGGAAGGUAAAUUCAACGCGAAAGUGUCAAUGAAGGGCAAGCGCUUGACUAUCCAUUUAGAUCUGAGAAGGUUCAAAAUUUACUCCAAUCAGUCUGCUCUGGAGUCUUUAGCUCUUAUUCCACUGCAAGGUCCCCUUAAGACAAUGCUGCAGAUAUCUGUGGUUCCUCUCAUUAACAAUUACAUUAAGCGAGGUGUGCAGAUCCCUCUACCGGACGGGUUAGACUUCAUUGAAGAGGUGGUCGAGUAUCACAAUGGCUACAUCAUUGUCGGGGCAAACCUACACUUCACAACAGGUCUGCGAGAACUAAUCGAGAGGAAGCUGUCGGGUCCAACAGACAACACAGUUUAAGACGAGAGAAGAGCUGCUGUAACUUUAACGCAUGUACACAUUCAUGCACAGAUACUAAAAUACAGAGCAAUAAAUGGAGGUUUUAAAAGAGGAGAACUAACCUUCCAGCCGAAGCAUGUUUGUUAACUGUACAGAACAUUUGAUCCUCCAGACCUCAUAUCAUUAGUCAACAUGAACUCAAAAUUGACCCUAUUUACUCUCCGAGUGCAAAUUCCUGGGGUUAUUGUGUAUAAUUUGUCAAUGUACAUUACUCCCAAGAGAAAAAAUGGAUUCAUAAUCUUUUCAGCUGAUUUCUUUCUAAUACCUUCUUAAUAGUUAAUGCAAUAAUUUAAUGCUAAUAUAAUGGAUAUUUGCAGUGUUUAUUUAUGAGUGCAGAUCAUCUAGCUUGUUGGCAAAGGCUGACCAUUGCUGAGGUAUUUUACCUUUAGCACAAAUAGCAUAUUACUUCGGUUUACACUUUGCACAAACAGUCUCAAUCACUAUUUGCUCUCAGUGUAAAUACCAUCUAAAUAUUUUACACUUAGUGUAAAUAGCUUUUGCAUAAACAUUACACCAAUACAAGCAAAUAAGAAUAUGUAUACAAAAAUAAGGGUUACCGUCGGGAUACGUAGAGAUGCUCUGGAGGAUGAACUGGGUGGGAUUUUGAUCCACUGCACACUCACAUUCAACUCUGACUCUGUUCUGAUAUGAAAUGCCCACUUAUACCAUCCACUUAAUCAAGUCCAGUUCAUUUUUUUAUUUUCACCUUUCAGAAGAAAAAUUGGUUGCAAAUGCAGGUUCAUGUCGACUUUAAUGGUUUUGCAUAAGUGUCUAAUCCCCAAAUACAUAUGUACAACUGAUAUACUCUGUGCUUAGAUGAAACAAAAUGUAUUUGUACUUUAGGUUGAAUUUUAUGAUUUUUUGUACACGUUUUAUCUUAUAUUGACUGUUUAAUAUGAGAUUGUUUGCCAUCCUCAUUUGUGAGCGAAAUCACUGUACCUCUUUAUAUAAAAAAAGACACUUUAAAAUUCA